AUGUCUGCCGUUGCAGUGGUGGCUCCAGUAAUUACACCACCCGGGAGCUGGCAAUAUGGCGAUCCGUCCUUGACCAAUCUCCGGCUAUCGUUGCUAGAUCGGGGCCAGUCGGAUGGCGUAACGCGGCGAAAACGGACGGGCAGCUCACGCAGCAGACACUCAUGGCGCUGGUCAUGGAAACAAAUGCUUACAAAGCCUUUUCAGAAUCAAAUAUGGACUCGUGGGGGAAGUUUGAGGGGAAAAAGAAACCGAAAGAAACGCAAAAGUGAAUCUCAAAACGUUUCAAAAAAUUCAGUUGAAACCAGAAAGACAAUGGACGAGCUCAAACGGAUAUGGUAUUGUGACGUUAAUGAGUCUUCCGAGGAAAGUUCUGAUGAUGAGUUAUCGGAGAGAGAUCGUAGACGAUCGUGUUACCCUCGGAUCUUUGGUAGCGACUCGUCAAGUUCUGACAGUGAUACCGAAUUUGAAGAGGAACACCAGGUGUCAGAGUAUGUUAGAGAUGGUCCUUCAAGGAUAAAAGUGGAUAUUAUACGUGAAGAUGAAGGAACAGGUGAGGACCUUGGUAGGAUAUCGGAGACUAGCUCGCAGACCUCGGACACAAGCGACUCUUCAUCUGAGAUUAAUCUUAUACAAAGCCCAAAACAAGGAACAAUUAGUCAAGUAGUUCACCCCAACAACCCUGACACAAAUGGUUAUCAAAACAUUUUAAGACAAAAUGAAAGCAUGAAAAGAUACGAAGUCAUAGAAAUGAAAAGAACUGAUUAUGAACAACAGCCCCCAACUGAGAAAGAACGAGAAGAAAUCGAGAGAAACACAGUCUAUCCAGAGCCAACUAUUGUUUGUCACCCUGUAGCGAAAACCGCCCAUAUUAAAGCAAUAGUGAUACCAGAAUCUCGCAAUUCUACCACUUAUGCUCAAGUACCGUCAGCAUCUCAAGCUACAGCUAAAAGUGACCUCGAAAGUGACUACAUAAAUAAAGCGAUAGCCGAUUCCUCAAAUACCGUCAAUUAUGGACCACAGUUCAUUACAGUUUCUGGACAAAUAACUGACAAAAGUAAAGUCGAACCCAAUAAUUCUGACAUGAACACAAACGGUUUUUCCCACGAUGCCUCAACCCAAGAGGUAAACAGCAAGGGAGGCGAAGAACAGGCUGACCGUAUUAACCCUAGGGUGAUGACAAGUACACAUGGUCUGAUUAACAAUUAUCGUAAUGGCCGCGUUAUCUCAGUAAGACAGAUUUACCAUCAAGAUAUUUUGAAACGAGUUGAUGAAUUAUGCGCGCAAUGCGGUGAGGAGGUUUAUGGGGGAAACGAGACCAAAUCUGAAUCGUAUGCGGUAGAAAAUGGUGGUACAUGCCAUGAGAGUGCGAGGUUUACCACGCAAGAGAGCGGAAUGAAGAAGUAUAGUUUUAAUGGGAAUUUCCAUGACCUGGAUUCACCACAGGAGGGAUGGCGGAAGGAAUCGAGUGAAAAGGUAGAUAAAUAUUUCUUAUCGCUAGACCAUCAUAGAAUAACUACACGCGCAGUUUACUCAAUGAGUUUAAUAAACCUGGACUCAUUUUAGGGAUCAGUCUUUGUAGAAAUGAAAUUAGAAAGCUUUGGAUUGAUAGAGAUGCAACUACCUGAAAAGUACAAGGAGAACUUCGACGUUUCGAGCGAAGGCACAUUGGGAAGUUAGACAAGUUAGUAACCUGCUAACUAAUUUUGUUACGAACUUCCCAACGAAGGGCAUUCGCUCGAAACGUCGAAGUUCUCCUUGUAUUUUUCAUGUAGUUGUAUCCCUAUCAAUCUGAAGCUUUCAUAUUAUUGCCACUACCUACACUGACACAGACUGUUCAAGAAAUUAAAUUAGUCCAAUUUUCCUAGAUAUUUGAUAAAACUCUCAGUUAGUAUCGAAAUUUUGCCUCGAGUGUGAUGGUUAGUUAAAAGGCCCUUAAAAGAUAUCAAACAUUUCGCUAAGUUAAAAGUUCUUAAAAUAUUUACUAAUUAAAAAUAUUUCAGCAAUCGAGGACCUGUUUAACAUAAAUUGUUUCCGUCUUACCAAAAAUAUGCCAUAAACUACAAGGGGCGAAACUAGCCCCUUUUAAUUCGGGGGGGGGGGGGGGGGGUCUGCCAGAAUUCCCUCUGACAGCCCUGUAAGUUACUUAAUAACUCUACAUUCUAUCAUUUUAAAUCUCUGUGACUGCCCUGCCAAUCCAGAUGAUUCGCCCUGCCAAUCCAUAUGAUUCGUAUUUUGGGGGGUGUCACCCCCCCCCCACCCCUCAAGUUUCGCCCCUGUAAACUACAAUCAAAUUAUAAUAAAAUAUUAAAUUACGCUAACAUAUUUUACCUACAUAUUCAAAUGUUACUAGCAUGGCAAAAUAAUCUCAAUUUCGAAUAAUUGUUAGUCUGGUACUAUCUAUACUAAUUAUAACCAUAAGAUUUCCAAUCUAGUAAACUUAAGGUGGAGUAAUAAAAUUGCUGCAACUUGCAACAAAAUCUGAUUUCUACGCAUGUUAAGUAGAAAUGUUUAUUCACAUAGAUUACAAAUCACGAGGCAACAUGUGUCGACAUUACUACUUAACAUGCGUUGAAAUCAGAUUUUGUUGCAAGUUGCAGUGAUUUUGUUGCUCGUGUUACUUAAGGCUCGUUUAUACACUUGCAAUUUUUGCUGCGAUUUUCAUCUUCUGAUGGAUGUAAACGAGUGGAUGAGUUAGGAAUAUACAACAGUGAGACAUAUACUCAGAACAGUCAUAACUCAUCUAGUCGUUCACAUGCAUCAGAAGACGAAAAUCAAUUGUAGCAACAAUUGACCAUUCCCCAAUUAACCAAAAUUUUGAACUCAACAAGUCUAGACAAAAAUUUCAUCACAGCUUGAAAGAGCAUCACAAAAUUAGUAAUAUUCCAAAGUUUCGUUGCAAAAUGUUGUAAAAUGCAGAUAAUAUAGCCUUGCGAAGUUUGUAAUUUUCAGUCAUUUUAGAUUACAAACUGGAAAUGGUUACCACUUCUUUGCGUAAUACAAAAUGACUGAAAAUUACAAACUUCGCAAGGCUAUAUAAUCCGCAUUUUACAACAUUUUGCAACGAAACUUUGGAAUAUUACUAAUAUUUUGUGAUGCUCUUUCAAGAUAUGUUGAAAUUUUUGUUUAGGCUAGUUAUGAUCAAAAUUUUGGAAAAGUGGUAACCAUUUCCCGUUUGUAAUCUAAAAUGACUGAAAAUUGCAAAUUUCGCAAGGCUAUAUUAUCCGCAUUUUACAACAUUUCGCAACGAAACUUUGGAAUAUUACUAAUUUUGUGAUGCUCUUUCAUGCUAUGAUGGAAUUUUGUUUGGACUUGUUUAGAUCAAAAUUUUGGUUAAUUGGGGAAUGGUCCAUUGCAAGUGUAAACGGGUCUUUAGAGUCCUGGUUCAAAUUUCAGUCUUUUUACGAGUCAUGCAGUAAGCCGCAUUGGACAAAAUAAGCAUUUGAAGAUAACGACAGAAACAUUCAUAAAUAUGCCUCUAUCAGGAAAACCACAUUGUAAGCAACUUCCGCGGCAUUAUGCGUCAGGUACGCGCGAGUUUCACGAGAGAUUUUUAACAGCAACCAAUCAAACAUGAGUAUAGGAAACAUAAAGUUGCAAACCUCGCGUGGAGUUUGUGAAAAAUGACACGACAGAUAGUAGUUUAGGUAAGGUUAGCAGCACGCACUUGUGUAUACAGUCUCUCAAGCAGGCGCACCAAAAUAGAAGUGAGUGAUUUUCUCUGCUGACUCCAGUAUGGACGGAUAUUUUUCAACGCAAGAUUUGAACGUAAUUCGACGCUUUUUGGGCAUGUCCUUACAGCAAAUUGAUGCUAAAAAGGCACUACAAAUAGGCAGAUAUGAGGUAGGUUGAAUAGAGGGCACCUAGUCACUUAAAGGAAAGUAAUAUGAGCAGGAAAAAUGGUUUAACUUGCAAAUAAUCUCAACGUCUCCUAAGAUAUACCAUGUCCUUCUAACAUUUCUUUAUGAUCAACUUUUGUUGUUCGUAUUACUUUGCUUUAUCUAUAGGAAUUUCAGCUUUCGCGCGCGCGUGUAGAGCACGUCUAUCUUUAGAAGCUUUCUAAAAGCGCCACUAUUAGGAAGUGUGGAGCACAAAUGCUGAGAAGCUAUACUCGCAUUAGCGGAUGAACCGUGAACGUUUAGCAGUGCCGCAAGGUCAAGCAUGCCGACAUAUUUGAAUUUCCUUUUGAGUACAACUGGAAAAUAAUUAUCAAUAUAAAUGACCUGCGCUCGAGUCAAGCAUAUUGAUAUCAUAUAGAGGAAGUAUACAUGUUCUUGAAUAUGCCGGGCUACAUUAAUAUCAUUUGAUGUACAGAACUCACUGCUGAGUUAAGCAUAUAGUAUCAUGUAGGUAUACUAAUACUACAUGACAUGUUCUUGAAUGUGUGGUCCGGCUAGGUAGUGCAUAUUCUAGUCGCUCGAUCGCUUGCCUUAAUCAUGGAUAAAGAAGUCAAAUUAGAGAAGUUGACAUAUGGCAAGUCUAUAUACUGUUGAAUGUGGGUUACGUUAAAGUUAUCUGAUGCACUCAUCAUGUGCAUAACUCACUGCUGAGUUAAGAGGUAUAGAUGUUCUUGGAUGUGGGCUACCUAAAGUGAAGUGAUGUUGUAGAGAUCUCGCUGUAUCAUGCAUCGAGAAUACAGAAGUAUAUGACAUGUAAACUACCGACCCUACAAUGAUCUAAUCCUACAAUAUGUGCCUGUAUUGGUAUUUGAUGAAUAAAGAUGAUUAUUAUUACAAAAUUCAACGCUUAGUUUAGCAUAGUUUAUAUAUCUAUAAUUAUUUUCAUUUUCAGCGCUUUCCGUAUAAGAUAGUUUAUAGGAGGGUGGGGUGGCCCAUUCAGCUACAAACUACAAAGGCUGGAGGGACUAGUAGUUAGUAUCCAGCCGUUGUUUAGUCUAUUUCAGUAUACGUAUGUCAAGUUUGGUCUUAUCAUAAGAUUUAAAAUGAGAAACUAUUGAUAUAUUGACAACUUAAUAUGAUCUAUCUUAAUAGAAUACUCGUAUACAGAAAAAUUCAGACACCCAACUCGAGAGCUUGAUUAAAUUAUAGAGAUUUUCGUGCGAUUAGUACAAGUGGGCAUGCAAAAGAAUGACAUCAUUGAGAAUGCUUCAUUUCAGAAUCAGUCGAGUCAAAGAAUCCUGACUUGUUGCUAGGAUAAUCCGUCUGCGCAAUCGAAGUACGCUCUACAAUUAGUAAAAAUCCACUCUUGUUUUUUUGGCGAUACUAUUAAUUCAAAAAAUUGUUCAUGAUAUGAAAAUUAGUGAAUAUUAUCUUAUGCCUUCUGGUGUUAAUAAUUUUAAAAUAUUAAUUAGUAUCAAUUACGAAAGUUAAAUGUCAAUACAUUAAUUAAUGAAUAACUUUUAAAUAGAAACUGGUAUAUCUAAGCAUAGCUCAGCUAUCGCACGCAAUAUAUAUAUGCAUAUAUUUAUGAAUGAACUCUUUUAUAGGAACUUUAUAACUAGAAGAUCACCACCAUAAUUUGUGUCUUGUUUUCUUUAAAUAACCCAUAUCUUGAAUUUACAAGAUGGCAUCAUUAUUUGGAGUGUUAGUAGUAGUCACUGACUACCAUAUUUGUAUAUUUUACGCUACAAGGCAAUACAGAGUAAACGAACUUGUUAUCUUAAAACUAUAAUAUAUAAUCAUGAUUUAAUGACAUAAGAUUGAAAAUGUGAUAAGUUAAACUCCAUUUGUUGUUGCCUUCAAACGUGAAGCUUUGAACUCCCCAUUGCAUGGUUCUACUUGAGCUGACUCAGCUGAGAGAAAACCAGUGAUGUUUGGUGGAGAGAAAUUAGAAUCAGACAACAGCAAAGAAAGACUUUUGCACAGUGGGAAACCUCAAAAAAUCAACCAACCUUAAAAACAUUAUAUUGUUGUGAUAUAUCUCGAUGGCCUUAAUUGAGCAGGCAGACUCUCACUCUAUAUAAUUCUUGUGCAAUCAAACUUGCUUAGAUAAGUGGUCUAAUUAUACACUCAAGCUUCUGGCGAAUCAAACAUUGAAACGUUCAAUUCUUCAAAGGGUAAACAUACCUAACAUUCAUAUUUUCGACUUAAACGUUAUAAUUUUUACAUACAAGACAAUAUAUAGUAUACUAGCCUAUAUAAGUAUUUGAAUAUAACAUUAACGUAUUUUUCUUUCAUUUAGCAGCCAACUAAAGACGUGGUUCCCGACUACCCAAGCACUUAUCCAAAGACGACACACUAUCAGGUUUGCAUGUAUUUUAGCGUUUGUAUUCGAACAUACGAUCUUUAAAAGAGUUGGAACGCGAGACUUGUUAAAACGAAGUCAGUAAUGCAUGUGUGAGUGUUACUUUCGUGAGGUUAUUUCAACCAAGUAAAAACAUGUAACUCUUGUGAUCAGCGAAGCAAUAAGUCUCAAUGACGCCCAUCAAUAUUUGCAAUUACUAAAGGCAAUACUGAGCAUGUGCGUCAUCUCUACGACUACGAGUUCACGUCAUCUCUACGAGUUGUCUGUGGAGCAAAGAAUGUUCAAGAAAUAUUUCAAAAUUUAUUCUCCUUCCUUAGAUGUCAUCUCAAAAUGAAGAACAGUAUUCAACACUGCAAUGCGAGUUCAAACGUUUUGGAUGCAAAUUUUCGGUAAGUAAGAUGUUCAUUACUAUAUGAACUUGCGGUUAGAGCUCCGAAAAAGAGUUGGGGCGCGAGACUUGUUUGUGGGGGGCAUUGGGGGUAUUCAAUACUGUAAUACCUCAAGCAAAUUUUGUCAAUAACCGCAGUUUUUCACCGCAAGAUUUCCAAUAUCGUAAUACCGCAAUUUUUCAAGGAAAAUACCGAAAUACCGUAAGAAAAAUAAGCUAAUACCGCCAUACCGUAAAUCCCAAUGUCCCCCCUUGUUUGAAUUCUAACACGAAGUGCUAUUACUAUUUAUUUUUAAUAUUUAAUAACUUGUAUACAAAUAUCUUUCAGUAUAGUCCUGACGAUUCAUUAUUUUCAGGGCACCAGCACGGCUGUCGACAAGCACAUGCAGUCAAGUCUGAACGAUCAUCUAAAACUUGUCAGCAAACUCGCGCAAGACCAAAAAGAACAACUGGAAAGCCAACAACUGGAACAACAAAAACAAAGCUUACUUAUCCAACAGCUCACAGACACGGUGAACAACCUGGAGAAACUUGUCAGGGAACAACACCAAGUGAGUCAAUCUCAAGAAAAAACUGUACACACCCUCAAGGAUCAAAUGAAAGACCAACGAAAGCAGAGUCAACGGUUUGAACGAGACAUCACGAAUCAAGUCCAAACCCUUAACCAAUCACCGAUAAGUUCAGUACCCACAAGCCCUUGCGCGGCUGAAUUCGUCUUGCCAAUCAGAAACUUCAGGAAGCGACUACGACGUGUACAAGAUGGAGAGAUAGACGACCCUUUAAUGAGUGAACCGUUCUAUACUGGUUCCUACGGUUACAAACUUUCUAUGUGGGUCUACCUGAAUGGUCGAGGGAAAACCCUCGGAGACUGGGUCUCAGUUUAUGCUCGCGUCAUGCCAAGUGACCAUGACAACAUACUCAGCUGGCCAGUAAGACCGAUGUACACGUUUACAUUGUUAGACCAAUCAGAAGGCGAGAAGGAGCACGUUGUGCGCAAGCGCAAAGUGAACGAUAUAAAACGCGAUGGCGGGAAACAUCACGGCAUUCAUCGACCUGAAGGCGGAGAGCGCUCGGUGAUUGUCGGAUUUGACGACUUCGUCACGCAUGCGCAGUUAGAGAAGAGGAAGUACCUAGUUGAGGAUUGUCUUUUUCUGAAGCUUGAAGCAAAUAUUAUGUAUUAGACUUUCAAGGAGCACACACACUCGGCAUAAAAUCUCAUGUGAUGACUUAGCAAAUGCUGUUCACCUUGGGCAACUGGUGUUUGGUUAUUGGACUCUGGGGCUGGUUGUUCAAAAGCCGGUUAGCUUAAAGCUGGAGUUACACGAGCAACAAAAUUACUGUAACUUGCA